GUGAACUGACCUGUCUAAGACCUUUGAUGUUGAAGACCAAAUUGAAACUAUAAACUAGUGGGGAACCAAAGGCUGAUUUUUUUCUCUACCUUUCAUCUAGGUACCUCCCUGUCGGCUUUCUUCGCGGACAAUGACCGCCCACCAGCUGUCGGACCAAUCAUCACAUCAGGGACAUCAGAGCCCCGGAUGUUGUCAAGACAGUUCACGACAGGUUUCACGGGUACAAAUAGAGAGCAAGCAUCGCACUUCCUCCAGUUGCUGCUGUUGUUCUCAAGCACUUUCAUCGCCAGAUAACAACGUCGAUGGCCGCCUCUGUCGUCCUCGUGUUUGUCGGUGUUGUGGCCACCGGCGGCGCCAGCACGACACUCAGGUGUUCCUACCCCUGCACCAAGAGUGUGGCCUACACCUCCACCUGCGGGCUGUUCAAACUGUGGAACUGCAGACGGCACAGGACGGAGCCGGAUGUGUGUUACCGCACUGGUGUGAACGGCGGCUGGAGCAGCUGGUCAACUCUUCGGGAGGGAGAGUGUUCCGCUACCUGCGGAGGUGGGAUCCGGGUGCGGACAUCCACCCGAUCUUGUAGCAACCCAUACCCCACCUACUGCGGCGUCACGUGUCCUGGGAGCGCCACGAGGAAUGAACAAGUGGCUUGCAACACCCAUUGUUGUCCAGGUGAUGAGCACUGGUCCAGCUGGGCAGCUGUGGGGAACAGCAGCUGCAGUGUGACGUGCGGCGGGGGACUGCAGAAAGUGACGUACACGAGAGAGUGUAACGUACUGGCCUCAACCUGCGGACCACGAAACUGCACGGGAAACGUCACGAUGAUCCAGCAGCGAGCGUGUAACACACACACCUGCCCCACAGGUGGCCAGUGGGGGAGGUGGGGAGCCUGGCGAGCUGUUGACGAGUGCAGCGCCCUCUGUGGAGGAGGGGAGAUCAGGCGGCGGAGAGAGCGACAGUGUGACAACCCUCCCCCGGAGGAAGGCGGGGAAGAUUGCCAUGGCAACCACACGGAAAUCAUGGCUGUACCCUGCAACGUACACAGAUGUCCAGGUCGUUGUCAAACUGGAGAUUUCAUCGCCCACACCAACAACAACCAACGCUACUACCGCUGCGACAACGGCGUGGCCAGACUUGCGGUGUGUGACAACGGGACGACGUGGGAUCAAAGGUCACACACCUGUCGUGACAAGCAGCAACAGCGAACUACCCCCCUGGUGGACGGAGGGCUGUGUGACGACAGUGUGCUGUACCUGCCCCACCAAGACUGCACCAAGUUCAUCCUGUGUGUCCACGGCACCGCCGCUGAGAUCAGCUGCCCCGAGGGCACGCGCUACAACGACGCCAUCAACGCCUGCGACGUGCAGGACAACGUCCAGUGCUAGCAACCGUCCGACGACAUCCUCAGCCUCCUCCUCCGUCAGGCCAUCCAACGGGAUGCUCUUCAUUAAACUCCGAAUCCUUUAGAGAUAUUGCCAGCAAAUUUCUUCUGAAUAAAGAA